AUGCUGGUCACUACCUGCUUAAUGUCUUUAGUUAUAGUUUUAUGCUGGAACCAGAGUGUUUUCCUCGCUGUUUGCUUCAUAUUUUUCUUUGGGACAAUUGAAGCUCUCUAUUUCUCUGCAUCUCUUAUCAAGUUUCGUGAAGGGGCAUGGGUGCCCAUUGCUCUUGCAUUUAUCUUUAUGAUGGUCAUGUAUAUCUGGCACUAUGGCACGCUCAAGAAGUACGAGUUUGAUGUCCAGAAUAAGGUUUCCGUCGACUGGCUACUCAGCUUGGGUCCCAGCCUAGGCAUUGUACGGGUUCGUGGAAUUGGCUUGAUACACACCGAGCUUGUGUCUGGAAUCCCAGCAAUCUUUUCCCAUUUUGUCACUAACCUUCCAGCCUUCCACCAGGUCCUAGUUUUUCUUUGCAUUAAAUCUGUCCCAAUUCCACAUGUCAGCCAUGAAGAACGGUUCCUUGUUGGUCACAUUGGCCCAAGAGAGUACAGGAUUUAUCGAUGCAUUGUGAGAUAUGGUUAUCGUGAUGCUCACAAGGAUGAUACGGAGUUUGAGAAAGAUCUUGUGUGUAGCAUAGCCGAGUUUAUAAAGACGGGAAAGGCAGGAUGCAGUGGUGAAAAUGAGGGUUUGCCAAAGGAAAAUGAGGAUAUGGCAGUUGUUGGAACACCAUCAACCCAUAUGGGAGGGAUCCGAAUCAGUGAAGACAAUGUGGACAAUGCAAAAUCAGCUAGCACAUCAGAGCUGAAAGAGAUACGAUCUCCACCAGUGAUCACACCUCGAAAAAGGGUGAGGUUUGUUAUACCAGAGAGCCCAAAAAUCGACACUGUUACACGCGAGGAAUUACGAGAUCUGAUGGAAGCCAGGGAAGCUGGGGUGGCUUACAUACUUGGGCAUUCAUAUGUGAGAGCAAAACAAGGAUCUAGCCUAGUAAAGAAGAUUGUUAUAAAUUAUGUGUAUGAUUUCUUGAGAAGAAACUGUAGAGCACCCACUUCUGCACUAAGUGUACCUCAUGCAUCUAGUCUAGAAGUGGGGAUGGUACACCAUCAUGGCAUGGCAUUGGCCAUACUUUGUCAAUUAAGGCAAACUGUUGGGGCUUGA